AUGUGUUUCUGCAUCGCCCUCCUACAUGCAGGCAUCCUCUCCGCCGUCUUCGCCUUCCUUCUCUGGAGCCUUCCUGGCGCAAUCGGUAUGUAUGGGCUUUCCCUCGGCGUACAGAAGAUGCCGGAACGUCUCCCUCCCAUUGUAUACGCCCUGCUCUCCGGACUGAACGCCAGUACCGUUGGCAUCAUCGCACUAGCGGCUGUUCAAUUAUCUGAGAAGGCCAUCAAAGACCGUCUUACACGCAUUCUAGUGAUCUUUGGUGGCUGUGCGGGUCUGUGUUACAAUGCGCUAUGGUAUUUCCCUGUAUUAAUCGUCAUUGGUGGUCUCUCAACUGUGAUUUGGGAUGUUUGGCUGAGACAGCGUGUGGGUAAGAUGAAGGCUGCGUAUCUUGCUAAAAGGAGGAGAGCGAGAGACGAACAAGGUGAUGCGGAGGAGGUUCAGACUACAACACAGAGCAUUCCUAUUGAGCUUACGCGUCCAGAAGCUGUGAAGAGGAGACAGAGAGCGGGAAGCUCAACAGAUCGGAUUGUGCCUGAGCGAGAAGAGGCGGGACGGAGUCAUGCUGGUGAACAUCCAGUUGUUGAUGAUGUGGCUGCGAAGAAUGAUACCGAGACCGUUGCACCUGUGGCAGAUGUCAAGACGCAUAACAUUUCUGUAAAGGUUGGCGUGUCACUAAUCGUGGGCUUCCUGAUCUCCUUCGUUGUCAUUAUGGUUAUCCGCGGUACGGUAUCCAGCGGCCGGUCAUUCAAUCUCUUCUCUAACAUGUAUCUCGCCGGCACCAUCAUCUUCGGUGGCGGUCCUGUAGUAAUUCCACUCCUGCGCUCUUAUGUCGUAGACCCAGGCUGGGUUUCACCACGGGACUUCCUCCUCGGCUUGGCUAUUAUCCAAGCUUUCCCUGGCCCCAAUUUCAAUUUCGCAGUAUACCUCGGCGCUCUGAGCAUCGCUUCAGCACCCGGUUCUACGCCAACCAUCGUAGGCGCUAUUCUUGGUUUCAUCGGCAUCUUCUUCCCCGGCAUUGUGCUAGCAGUCGGCGUGCAGUCUAUUUGGCAGGUCAUGCGCACCAAAGCAUGGGUACUCAGUCUUUUGAGGGGCAUCAAUGCGACGGCUGUAGGACUAGUCUUCACGGCUGUUUACAGGCUUUGGGAGAUUGGUUACUUGACGCCAGAAAGCAGUAAUGGGAGGAGUUUGGCGGACGACCCGUGGUGGGUAGUCGUUGCUGCCUUGGCCUACGCGGAAACGGCUUGGUUUGGGGUCCCACCUGCUGUGGCGAUCAUCGUUGGUGCCAUUCUGGGUCUGGGUUGGUAUGGAGCCGUUGGGCAGUGA